GCUCCUCGCCGACUCUCCCGGCGAGGUCGUCGCGCAUAUCCUCAAGCACUGCAAGCUGCGCGACUUUGGCGCCCUCACUUGCACGGCGGGGUGGCUGCACCCGCUGCUGGAGCUCGCGCUCCGGCUGCGCGCUGGGGAGAAUGGACACGCACUCCCCCAAAAGCUCCAGCUCGACGACGACUCGUGUCACCGCCGCGUGCAGGCGAUGCUUUCGCUCGAGUGGCGGCGGACGCAGAUUGGGCGGCGUACGAUUGCGGCGGGAAUGUCGCACUCGCUCUUCAUAUCGCCCGAGGGCACGCUGCUGUCGUGCGGAACGGAGUGGGACGUGGACGGUAACCCGACGCCUGGCCUCCUCGGCCACGGAGAGCUCGCCGUUGAGGAGCUGCCAGCAAACUCGAUCCACGUUCCGACCCCCAUCCCUGGGCUCGCCAACGUGCGCAUCCGCUCCGUGGCGGCGGGCGUCUCCCUGUCGCUCGCAGUCACCUUCGAUGGCGAGGUGUACUCGUGGGGCCAGGGAACCAUGGGCCAACUCGGCCACGGCACUGCGAAGAGCGGCGCCGUCUACGCUUGGGGAGCGGGCGCGGACGGCCGGCUAGGCCACGGCAACGACGAGCACUUCUCGAUGCCGCGCCGCAUCGAGGCGUUCGCCGUGAGGCACGAGAUCGUGAUCUCGACAUGCAACAAGCGCUCUCUCGCCCUCAGCCGCAGCGGCGGCGUCUACUCCUGGGGCGACGGGGCGGAUGGCCAGCUCGGCCACGGCGACGAGACGCACACGGACGCCCCGAAGCUGGCGCGAGAGGACCCGAGCGAGACCCGAGAGGACCUCAGAGCACCUCAGAGGACCCAAGAGGACCCGCCCGUGGGCGCUCUCGCGAGGCUCGACGUUGCAAUGGUGGUUGCCGGCGCCUCGCACUCGUUUGCCCUCACUGCAGACGGCGCGCCGCUGCCUCGCGCGCUCUACUCUUGGGGCGCGGGGCAGUGCGGCCGCCUCGGGCACGGGGACGAGUCCAAGCAGCUGCUGCCGACGCGCGUGGACGCCCUCUCGUCCGUGGUGUCGGUUUCGGGCGGCGCGUUUCACUCCGUCGCAGCGGACGAGCGAGGCGACGUCUACGGAUGGGGCGAAGGCGACGGCGCUUCGCUCGGGCUGCAGCUGACGCAGGACCAGCUCAAGCCGCGCCAAUACCCCAACUGGCUCAAAGCGGCGCUCUGA